AUGACACCGUCCCUCGCGUUACCGGGAAGGAGGCUGACCACGAGGCUGUGGAGCGACCUACACGUCACCCGCGGUGACAGCGCCGCCACCGCCUCGAGUCGCACCGCGGCCAGCUCAGCUGCACAGUGGCGGCGGAGCGCUCGCAAAUCUACCUGCUGUCAGGGCAAUGACAAGGCCUGCAACUCUGCCGCGCUGAGGUCAGCCCCUGUGUCUGCAGACUCGCCCAAGCCGGUGACGGAUCGCAGCCAAGCACAGUUGCUGCACUUGCUGCACUCAUCAACCACGCGGCUAGACGCUAAUUCUGACAAUCUUUCACAGCUUUCGUCCAGUCCGUCGCCCGGUCCUUCCGAUCGGCACGUCCCACCGUCCCAGUCACCAACGGACGGUACAGACGUCCCACCUGACAACCUUGCCGCCGAACAGGCUCCCGCACCGGACGCUGAGGAGACCAGUACAUCUUCACAACACCUGUUUGACAAUCUCAUUGUACCCACCGACGCCUUCGAACCAGGUCGACGCUCCUCCUUGCCGUCGUCCGACACUGAGGAACACGUGCGCAAACAACGCUCGCCACGUAGGCGCAAACGCCGUCGCCGUUCACCCACGGGCUCUCAGAGCGUUGCCACCCGCGACGACGAAGACGACACCCAAGCAGCCGACAUUUCCACGCAGAGGUCGGCGGACAACUUUCACGAUGAACAAGACGUUUCGCAGGACGGGACCACUAUGGAGGUCGCCACGCACUAUGUAACGAUCGGUGCGCCGGUUGAGACGCCUGUCUCCCCGCCGACAACUCCAGAUCUCUCUCACCACGACGCAAUUCCCAUGGACAUUGGACAGACCCACGGCACAGGAGCAUGGGCCGACGACAUUGAGGAAGGUACGCCCCCUCCUCCGGAUGAGUUACCUCCGCCGGACGAGGCUACCUGUUAA